CGGGUCUGCCCCACCGCGGAGGGCUCACCGUCGGCUGGAGCAGCUCCUGGGGCUGAGUGCGGUCCCUUGGGGCGCCGGUGGGGGCUGCCCCCCUCGUCCCGAGCCUGGUGUCCCAGCUCCCGUCGGGGCAGCGUGGGCUAAAAGCCCCCCAGACGCUGAGGUGGGAGAGCUGUGCCCUUCAUUUUUCCUACUUACCCCGACAAAAAUGAGCCGGGCACUGCUGUGCCUUGGCUCCCCCUGAGAUGGAACUGAAUGAACCCCCCCCCCAAGAUGGACGGUGCUCCCCGGCAGCCAGACGAUGCAGGCAGCUUCCUGCAGAGCCAAGAAGGCAGGAUCAGCAGCGUGGCCUUUGGGUCCCAUUUUGACCUCCAGCCGGUCCAUUCCCAGGCAGAGCUGCCAGUGUUUCCCCCAGCGAAGGGGGUGUUGGCAGGUGCCCCCCCUGCCGCUGACCCGCUGUCUCACAGGGGGUACUCGAGGGACGCUGAAGGCAGCUGGUUCCGCUCCCUCUUUGUGCACAAAGUGGAUCCCCGCAAGGACGCCCAUUCCAACCUCCUCUCCAAGAAGGAGACCAGCAACCUCUACAAGAUCCAGUUCCACAACGUGAAGCCGGAGUGCCUGGACGCCUACAACAGCCUGACAGAGGAGGUGCUGCCCAAGCUCCACUCAGAUGCCGACUAUCCCUGUGACCUGGUGGGGAAUUGGAACACGUGGUAUGGCGAGCAGGACCAGGCAGUGCACCUCUGGCGCUUCUCAGGCGGGUACCCAGCACUCAUGGACUGCAUGAACAAGCUCAAGCAGAAUAAGGAGUACCUGGAUUUCCGCAAGGAGAGGAGCCGCAUGCUGCUGUCCCGCAGGAACCAGCUGCUCCUGGAGUUCAGCUUCUGGAAUGAGCCCCUGCCCCGACAGGGACCCAACAUCUACGAGCUGAGGACCUACAAGCUGAAGCCAGGGACCAUGAUUGAAUGGGGCAAUAACUGGGCUCGGGCCAUUAAGUACCGGCAGGAGAACCAGGAGGCAGUCGGCGGGUUCUUCUCCCAGAUAGGGGAGCUGUAUGUUGUGCACCACCUCUGGGCCUACAAGGACCUGCAGUCCCGGGAGGAGACGAGGAACGCGGCCUGGAGGAAGAGGGGCUGGGAUGAGAAUGUGUACUACACGGUCCCGCUGAUCCGGACCAUGGAGUCACGGAUAAUGAUUCCCCUGAAGAUCUCGCCCCUGCAGUGAGCGGGGCUCUGCGCUGGGGUGUCUGCCUGCGCCCGGAGGGGCUCGCUCCCUGCCUGCGUUCCCUGCCUGCACCCCGGCCCUGCUGGGGAAGGGCUGUGGGGGGAGGGGAGGUGUCUCUGUGCCCCCACAGCUCCUGGCUCUCCCCCACACCCUGUUUUGGGGUGCCCUGUGAGGGAUGAGAGCGGUGAGGGGUUUGUGGCUGGGGAGGGGAAGGGCGGGAGCCCCACAUCCUGCGGCAGGGGCCGGCACUGCCCAGGGA